UUAUGUUGAUAAAAUUUUGAUAAAAUUGAAGUUAUUAAAAAUAGACCUAUUAAAUAGUCGAGAUUUGCGAGGAAGUAGUCGUAAUAAAUACAAAAAAGACUGGGUAGUAGUUAAAAUGGCACAAAGUUCAGUAGCACUUCCACAGGAGCCUUUAUCGAAUGACAAUAGUAUUUCAACAAAAGAAUUUUUGAAUUUUGAAAAGACUUGUGAAGCCUAUAAGGAUAGUGAUGAAGAAAUUAAAAUGAUAUUUAGCGAACUGACUAAGUUAUCUGCUGCUAAUAACAAGGAUAGUGUGAUAGGAGCUGAUGUAGACGAUGUAGAGUUGAUAUUAAAAAGAGCUGAAGACAUUGCAAAUGAGACAGAAAAUUUGUUAAAAAGUCCAAUAAUGACGGCCUCAAACCAUGUAAUUCCAAACACGGUAGAGCCUUUGGCCAUUCCUCAAAUAAAAGUGACCAAACCCACUGAAUAUAAAGAAAAUGGAGAAAAAGAGAAACAUUCUACAGGAAAGCAGGUCAAUCAUUCACCAAAACACAAGGAAAAUGUUAAUGAAGCACGACGCAAACCGAAAGCAAGGCCUUUCUCCGCCGGUGUGAUUGAUUCCAAGAAAAGAGAGGCGACGAAAACACCCAAAUAUGUGACGAACUCACCCAAAAAGUCUGUUUGUAAACAUGAAGGCUUGUUGGAGGAGCUUAAAGACACAAACGAAAGAGCAAAGGGCCUUGAGCUGCUUAAUGUGCAGCUAACAGACGACAAUAAAGCUCUCAGAAAGAAAUUAGACCAAGUCAAUGAACAGAAACACAUUGCCGAUCUAAAACUAGCCGAGUGUGAAAAAUUUAUAACUCGGCUCGGAAAACAAUAUGAAAACAGAAAUACUGAGCUGAAGGCAGCAAAGGAAAACGAAAGCAGGUUUAUGGCAGAGCUCAAUAAGGAGAGGAAUGAAAGAAAGAACUUGACGAUCAGACACGAGAAAGAUGCUGCGGUGAUACAAGAUCUUCAGAGGCAAGUCAAGGAGAUGGAAUUGAUAUUGAAAAGAAAACAUCCUGAUUCGGUAUCCGCUUUAAUUGUUGCGUCAAAAUCGUCGACAGUAGAAGAUAAUAAAAAAAAGCUAUUGGAAGAUCGUAUACAAAGGUUGCAGCAAGAACUAAAAGACAAAGAAGAUCACUUUCAGGGCAUAUUACUAACUCUACAAGAAAAGUUCGGUGACAUGAAACAGAAAUACGAAAACCACAUUAUUGACGUGGAAAGACAGUUGAUGGAAGAUCGGAAAGUUAAUUCAGAGCUUAAAAAUAAGAUAAGUAGAGCGAAUGUAGUAGAUUCAGCUGUACAGACUUUACAAAAACCGUUGCGUUCUAUGUCUACUCAAACUGUGAUCAAACCAGACCGAGCUUCGUCGGCUGUGAGUAGGAUAUCUCAGAAUUCUGCAUUGCUUCUAAAUAAACUGAAAGAGGAUAGUUAUCUAGUAGCUACGAUAAAAGGCCUCCAAGCUGAACUAACAGUCAAACAACGCACCAUUGCCAAGAUUAACAGGGAAACAGAGGAACUACGGAAGAACUUGCGAAAUUUACAAAAGGAGAAGGAAGUGCUGAUGAAUUUAAACCCGCAGAAGAAAACUGUGUGCAAGCAGGCCAAAUCUGCAGACAAUCUUCUAGCGCGUAUGAACACAGAAAUGGAAACGGAGUUAGAGGAAGCUCGCAAACAAAAAGAGUCUUACCUGCUUGAGAGAAAUAGUCUCCUAGACUCUCUUAAAAGAACUAACGAAGAGUUCAUACUACUGAAAAAGAAACGCAUCCAAGACCUUCACACUCUACAGUUGGCGCACGAGAAAGAGCUGAUGCAGAUGAAUAUGCAAGUGUAUCCGCUCCAAGAAGAGAUCAAACUAUUGAAUAGGACUGUGGAGAUACUUCAGGAGCGCAUACGCGCUGCAGAGGAUAAACUCCUGCGCUACCAGGCAAAUGAUGUGCACGCAGGCGGUGACACGAGUUCUAAGACCAGUUUCAAAAGAGAUUUUCGUUGAUUUCGUGCGUUUACAUUCAGCCCACUUCUGGCACUUCUGUCAGCAGGAAAGUAUGUAAACACUGCACAAGUCCUUCCACUGCAGAUGCCACUGUUUGUUUCAUUAUUGUAUUUGCCUAUUUGGACACUUGUUGGGGUAUUAAUGUAAACCUGUUCAAACGGUUUUCGUUUUGGCAUGUAUUCUUGUUUCUUUCUUACUUACAAAUUAUGAAAUGGUGAUGAUUAAUGAAGCUUAUUUUUUUACGUAGGUACGAAGAGUUACACUAACCCCAAAAACAUCGAAGUUAUUUUGUGCGUGUGUGUGACGGUUUAAGCUUUUAAGCACACUAUGCAAAGCAAAUAAUGUCACUUCGGUUUAUUAUCGCGUUAUGAAAAUGUAUGCAUUGUAUAUAUAUGUUCAUCAUCACUAAUUUAAGAGCCAUGCUCUUGUAGGUGUGUAGAAUUCCUCGCCAUGCUACUUUUUAGGGAAAAAUAGGGCAGUGGUUUCCCUCUUGACUUCUGCCCCGCAGUACUCUGACGCGAGUGGAACGGCGCCCAGAGUAGUCUAUUUCAAAGGCAUACUGGGACUCCUGUCCUCCGCCUCUGAAUGGUACUGACAGUUACUGCUGCCCUCUGUCAGAUUCCAGGUUAUGACUUGCCCCUUCCGUCCUGCAUUGCCAUACCGAUGGGGCCCAUCUCCGCCUCUGCAACCGUUGAGGUCUUCACCCGUAUCAGGGGUAUAUAAUGUUAACAUUAAGUAAAUUUUAAUGUUUAGUGUACGUUACACUGGGACCAUGCAUAGUCGUAAGAUUUCAAGUGUUCUCUAUAAUGAAGUGCCUAGGCAGAUAAUAAUAGCGAUACGCAUCAUUUUAUUGUGAUUGUUGACUGUCGAUAUUUGAAUUGACUACUCAUGUAGUAAAUAGAUACGUACUUGAUGUACCGAGUGGUUCCUAUAAUAUAGAAGACAAAUUCUAGUCAAAUAUUUUCGUGAGUGUUUUCGCUUUUUUGUGACCACCAUUGAUGUCAAUAAUGUAUGUGCCUUGUAGUCAUUUAUU